AUGGAAGACCCAGUAAUUCACAGAAAUUACUUCUUCCUUUUGUGGAUCCUUGUCACCUUUGUGACUGAUUCUCAAGGUACAUGGACUCGGCUUUAUCUUAUAUUUUCUUUACUGUAAUUAAUUUUGACAUGAAAAAAGAAAUGGAGAAUCUCAUAUUUUUCCUUUUUUCUUAUAAAAAGCUUUCAGACAAGGAUCAAUUGACAACGUUUUCUAUGCCAACUUCAAGAUCAGUAAAUUUUCUUACCUGAAUAUCACAAGUAUUGGACGGGAACUUACUCAAGGCGAAAACGUUUGUGGCUACGCCUGUCUAGAAAUUCCCUCAUGUUUUUCUUACAACGUGGCUGCCUUCCCUGAUGUCAACGGCAAACUUCUGUGUGAACUCCUCCCAUCGGACAAGUUUAACAACUCAGACAAGUUCAACGCCAGCGGAGAGUUUCAUCACUUCUCCAUUAAGGUGAGUUUGCAUCUAAUUUAUCACAAUAGUUUGUUUUUAAGAGGAAAUUUAAGAGCCACGCUACUGCUCUCGCAAGUUUCGAAAGUUAGCAUAACGCCAUGAUCUCUUUGCUGGGAUAAUUUUAGAGCAUUCGACUUUUGAUUUUGGGUUCAAGCCUUUUAAAAGGUCACAACUUAGUUUUCUAACUCUAAUUAACAUCUACCAUCUACCGAUGUUCAGACAUACCUGAUUCAAACUCAACCUAUUUAUACCUGGUUCAAUGGAAAUUUAUCUUCGAAUGUCCUAAUUACGUUUAUAUACUUGCUAUAGAUACUUCUGUUUUAGGCUAAUCUGCCGGUUAGACUUUAGCCUGCACAGCACAAUGUCGAGCACGAAAUCUGGUGGCAUGUCCACGAAUUUGGUAAAUGAACCUGCAUUGACUUUUAAAAACCUCAAAGCUAAGUCAACUGAGCAAACCCAGUUUGGCGUGCAAAAAGGAUCUUUGUUAGCAGAUAAAAAUAUAUAUUGUUUGCCACCCUCAAACUUGAAAGAGACAUGCAUGAAUGUCAAAUUUGUUUCUUUUAUGCGAAAGGGUAACAAAGAAAAUUCAAUCCGAACUUGUAUAUUUCCGGUUAUUAACCUCUUAUAAGAGACUAUUAACUUCUCUAGGUUUCCUCACAUGAAGUAACCCUGGGACGGACGUACACGCAAAGUUAUACCCCCACCGUGGUACAAGGGAGGCGAGGGGGGGUAGUUGAUGGAACCCCACCGAGUUUUUGAUAUGUUGCAGUAUUUCCAAACGUUUUCGCCCUUGAUGACCUUCUCAACAAGAUGAGGUAUAUUUUAUGGUUGGUGGUACUGCUGGAGGCCUGUGAUGUCACCAAACGUCGCCAUCUUGGCCGGUAUCUUUUUACCAAGAAUUAGAAAUCAGGUUAAAACGGCGUGAAUUCGUAUCAAGAAAUGGUCUAUUGUACCGGUUCCAAUUCAAACUCGUCCCCAGGGCGCUUUUUAGGCUUUGGAGGUGUCCCGCUCUUUUCGAUGAAACACUUUGUAGAAGACUAGAAUGAAAGAUUUUUUUCUACGGGUAGCCGGGUGCAAAUUUAUUCAAAUGAAUCGACGAAGCGCGCGUUUUGAAUGCUAAGUUUACCACUUUGAACUUAAUAACCCACUGAGUGCGUGUAUUAGUUAUUCAAAUGAAUCAAUGAAGCGGGAGAUUUGAAAGCUGAAUUUAAAAACUUGUAAAAAAAAUCUUCAAUUGUGUAACCGAACUGAUAGAGUGACGACAGUAUUUUUGUCCCUCUCUCUAUCAGUGAGUUUCGCUCUGAGGCAAAUGUAAACCUUACCCUUCCCCCGAGGAAUGUUGUUCACUUGACACUCGCCGACGUUUCAAAUUUGUCGCCUUGGUAGUCAUCGGAAUUUUGCAUGUGUAAAGACGACAUUGUUUAAGUCAUUUCAAAAAUGACCAAAUAUGGCCUAUUUUACAACAGAAAACAGUACCUAUUGUUUUCGAAUUGGACCCGCUUUGCUUGAUACGAUUGGUAAUUAGUCGAACUUGCUUGAGCAAAGCGAGACUCUAAAAAUGCAGUCGUUUUUCUUUUGUCGGUGGGACCUACCGUAUUUAUUCGAAUAAGCGCCCAGUCUCGAAUAGGCGCCCACCCCCUUCUCCUCCCAAUCAAACUCAAAUAAGCGCUCACCCCGACCCCACCCACUUGAGUGAAUAAAUUCUAAUAGGAGACUUCCCCGAGGAUGGAGUUUUCUUCAGAGUAUUUUACAGAAUUGCUUUGUUACUUCUUCGCGUUUUGUUAUUAGCAUUUACUGUUUUGUUGCAAAAUAAACAUACUUCACUUGCUGAAAAUGGUGAAAAUUUAAUAAGCGCCCAGCCUCGAAUAAGCGCCCACCUCGAAUAAGCGCCCACUCUCAAGGUCCAAAAAUUUUAUAAGCGCCCAGGGCGGUUAAUCGAAUAAAUACGUUAGUUUGUAGGCCACGCGUUCCUAGCGAAGACCGUGGAAACUGGGGAUAAGAAUCGUGGUGACUUUCACUGUAUGCAAAUGAGUCUCGUGAUGAGCAUGCGGUAUAUUUUGGGCGAUGACUGAAAUGACGCAUGUAAGUUUGGCAAUGACGUAAUUUUCCUCGAAUGGAGGCCCUUGAUUUUCGUGUAAUUAUGCACGACAUGCAGGCACUGAUUAAAAAGGAAAUAUUUCCAAGUAGGAUGAGAAAAUAUUAUAGCGGGAAAUCCUAUUUUGUGGUGUUUUAAGGCGUUACGUUUCUCAGAAUAUUGCCUUCUACGGUUAAAUAGAUUCAAUUUGUUUUAUGUACUUAAUUGAUAGAUUUUCGCAGUUGUUAAGAUGUGAAGUCGUGUUGCACUUUAUAAAUACUUGAUAGUUCAGGUAUCCACUGUCACGAAAUUUUUACGUUCGUACGUGCGUAAAAUUGGCGUUCGCAAAUAAAAUAAAAACAAUGUAUGAAAGGCCGCACUUACAAUUAUGUAAGCGUAAAAGUAGAAACUCGCUCAACUUGACGUUUAAUCUUAACACUUUAUAUCUUACCUCUAUUUUAUUUACGUGAUUAAAAUUUACUUGCGUUAACGCGUCAGUGGAAAUCCACCCUAACGUUACGUAUGUGUUUGUACGGGUAGCUUUGAACUUGACUAUCCUUCCACUCUACUUGCAGCACUUCUUGUCCGUAGAAUAGAAAUCCCAUAUCGAGCUUUUCCGGAACGGGUUGGUCCAAGAAUUCUAUCGCUUGAAAGUGUUGAUUAUUUUGGAACAACUGAUCACUUCAGUGGUCGAAAAAAAAAAAGGAAGAAUCUUAAUGAGCAAAAAUUCAAGGUUUACUGGAAAAUCUGACCGAGUCAUGGGCCCCUGACACCGAUAAAAAUCAUCGUUCAAUUUUUUGAGUGUAAAAUCACUGAAAGAGUACUCCUCAAUGGGCUUUACCAUUUACCGUGGUAAAGCAAAAAUUCAAGGUUUACUGGAAAAUCUGACCGAGUCAUGGGCCCCUGACACCGAUAAAAAUCAUCGUUCAAUUUUUUGAGUGUAAAAUCACUGAAAGAGUACUCCUAAAUGGGCUUUACCAUUUACCGUGGUAAAGCCCAAGGUAAAGCCCCUCAAUGGAGCAAUAUCAAUAUGAAGAAGGUUUUCAAAGGUUUCACACCGGUUUGAGGCUAAGAUGUAGCGCCUGUCUCUCCUUGCAAUUUUACUUUUUGAGUAUUUACAUUAUGACAUAUAGCACGCGUUUUGUAUUCCAAACGAAAAAGUAGUAUAACAGCACCGGCGCCUUUGACAAUGAAACUCAUCUCCAAGCAAGCGAGACUCAACGCUACUAAAAGCGUUCUCGUUUUUUUUUUUGUGCUCGAAGUGUAAAAUAACACGUAAAUAGGUACUUUUCAUCAUUUUAUCCACAAGCUUUACUUUUAUUCUGAAAGAAAUUGAAAAAAUGCAUUUUUACUGAAAAAUGGCUUGACCACCUGCUACUUAUGACGCGAUAUCUCGUAACCAUAGUAUCUGACUCACUACUUAAUUUGUCUCAAAAUGUGGGCGAGGGAUAAACAAAGACCUACUGAAAAAAACGUGAGGUGCUCUUGUUUUAUUAUCUUGGAAAUAAUGCAGAAAUACCUAUUGGGAGGGGGGGAGGGUGGUGGCAACCAACGCCUCCCCACCUCCCUUGUACUUCCGAUGGUUAACUAAGGCCCCGAAACUUUCCAGCUUUCUAGUGUUUUUCUUGUUCUGUUUGGAUAUUACUAACUUAAAUUCAACUGAGGGAAUUCGUAUUCAUUAUCGUUCCAGGCAAUAAAUGAAUUGAAGCGAGUAAAUUGCCUUGUUAAAAUUUUUUAUUAAAUGUAGUUCUUCUUUCUUUUUUCACAUAAGCAAACCACCUAACUCCUAUAAUGUUUGCCUGUUUCGAUGGGAUGCCCAUCGUUGUUAUGGGAUGCCAUAACAACGCAGAUUCAAAGAUAGAACUGCCACCUGUAACUAUUAAACCGUUCGUGUUUCGUUAUUUUCAAAAACAGCUGUUGUUGUUGAGAAUCUUUCGCAAAGGUAACAAAGAUCUUUAAAGUGUAUAUGACACGAAUUUUUUUUUGCCCUUUUUUGGUCCUUAGAUAAGUGUGAUUAACAAUUCUGAACUUUAAAAAUGUGUCUCCAAAAAAAAUUCUUGGAUUUUGGUAGGUGAAAAACUGAUUUUUUCCCUUCAAAAAUGUCCUAGAGACUGGGCACGAGUAAAGGAUCAUACAAAGGCUUAUAACGUAAUGUGACGUCAGUUGAUUUGCUUGCUCAAAACCCACGCUUACGUUUCUGGUCUUUGCUUUGCAUUUUGUUGAUACAAUAUCUUGGUGUUUCGGGGGCUAAAAAUGUCCAGUGGUUCGGAGGCAAGCGAUGUAUCGGAUAUGAACGAAAGUAACGAAGUCUUGUUUUCUGUUGCAAAUCAAUCUACGUCACAGACAAACAUCACGUGUCAAUUUGGCCGCGCGAAAGGGCGGACAUUUUUUGAGGCAAAUUCGAGUGUUUUGAAGGCAGAAAAAAACAGGUUUUGCAAGAUUUUUGUCGAAUUUUAAUUUCGGAAACGUAUUUUAAACAUAUUGAAGAACUAAAAACGUCAAAAAAAAAUUUCGUGUCAUAUACACUUUAAAAGGAAGAAGUAAUUUCUGUGAAUUACUGGGUCAUCCAUCCGUUUUUUUAAAUGCAGAAGUGAAGUUCUCAGUCUUUUGUUUGGCUGCUUUUGAAAGAACACCCACAUCUCCUGACUAUGUCGCUUAAGUGUGUUUAUGUUUAAGUUGAUCGUACACAAAAUGAGCGAGACAAUUUCCAUUAAUAAAUAAUAAACAACUCGUCUGACAUCCUCACUCUAGAAAAACGGUUGUUUUAAAAUACAUACGAGAACUUGAUGAGUUUUGAUGGAGAGAGAAAGAACAGUGGUUUCACCUUUUCAAGUGAUUAACUCUAGAAAUUAAGAGGAAAACCCUUUUUCAAAUACUUUACUCUCUACAAACAAUUUCCGCCCUAUUUCCCCAACUUACUUUAUAUUUGCAAACUACUCUGUGUUGGGAAUAGAUUCUCCUGUGUUGUUUUCAUACCAUAUUAUGCUGAAACAAAGUUAGCAAUGAUGGUUUUAAAAUGUUAGUUAAACUGUCCUUGCCUCUAUAGUGUAUAUCAAAAUGUGUCCACUCAAAACGAAAACAAUCUUCAUGUUAAGACUACGUGUCGCGUGGGCGGACUUUGAGAAGUCUGGCAAAUUAUCAACAGGUUUAAUUGUGCAAACGUGGCUUCAACUGAAUAAAUUAUCUUGUCAACUAGAUGUAAAGAUCUCUGACAGUGAUCUGGGCUUAAAGUCUCAGAAAAUGAUUGCUCUCAAAAUCGACCUUAGUGAACUUUGAAGUAGUCGUGUUUUCAAUAUAAUAUAAUAUCAAUUAAAUAAGAACUUUCACAAUUUUCUUGUAUGGAUAAAUGUGCGGGGAAAAUUGAUUACCAUUGAGACUACUGUUGCUAUGCCCCGCGAUAAGGUUAGGUUAAAUUACCUUGCACAAUUAGGAGAUUAAUAAAAAUGUGGAGAUUCUGAGUGGGCUUUACUUAACAUUUCGAUACAAUUUUUUGGAGACCAUAGCGAUAUUUUUCAAUCGCCUUAAAAGUUAUAUUAACCUCAAUCCAAUUGCCAUAAAAAUUAUCAAUACUAGCUGUCCUUGGAUUGAAGUUUGUCAAAAUGCAGUUUUUAGUGAGUAGAAACUAUUGGCGGAGCGUUGCGUGACAUCCAAAAAACGGCUGCGAGGGAGACUAGCAACAAGGCUGCAUUUUUGACGUCAUCGGUUUAAUACGACAAAAUUCUUUCCAAAUUUGGUCAUGCAACAGCAGCUGGUUAUGGUGAAUAAUGCGUGUGGUUUUAACCAAUCAGAAACGGGGAAAUAUUUUAAAUGAAUAAUAUUUUGUGUUAAAUGCUACUAAACUAAACUUGAGGCUCAACUUGGUAAGGAAAAGUCGAUUGCUGAAUUUCCGUCUGUAUUUUUUUUAACGGGGAUUGGACAUUAACCCCAUGGCCUAACUUCUAAAGGGCCAGGCGUUGCAAUUUGUCCUACCCUUUCACCCAAACUCUGCCCAGCACUCAGAUGAAUCCACCAGGGACCAAGGUCCAAACCAGGAUCAUCAGGGCACAGAACCCUCCUUAUCAUGCACGUUAAGGUGCAACUCUUAGGGAGGGAUGAAGAAGUGUUAUAAGUCACGUUAAGUCUCAAUGAUAUUUUGACUUUGCUAUUCAGUGGUCGUCACUUACAGCUAUAUGCUUUCCCCUGUGUAGUCUUUGUGCGACAGUUCGCCCUGUAAGAACGCUGGUAAAUGCAUUUCGUUGUACCAGGAAAAUGGAUACCAGUGUAUCUGCGUGGAAGGAUUCACCGGAAAAAACUGCGAGACGAGUAAGAAAUACUUUUAGUUGAAACAAUGUUGCCGCUAAUUGACCAAUGACGAAGCCUUGACAGUGUGCUCUGUUCUUUUGUAAAGCACGCAGGAAGCGGCUACAACACGAAAGAAUUGUUAGGGGGAAACAUGAGACGUAUUUCUCUCUAGUUCUUGAGUGCUCUAGCCGCUUCCUAGGUACUUUAUUAAAACUAAACAGGGUAACAAAAAAUGCACUUCAUUUCAGCGUCAGUACAUACUUAAAACUGUUUGCGCCCGCAAAUGUUCUGUUAUGUCUCAAUAUUGAAUUGGGGGGGACGAGGGUAUCUAGAAAAAGACAAACCUUGUUUUUUUUUUUAACAUUUAAGUGAACUACAGUUCAGUUGUACUGACGACCGCCCCACAUUGUUCGGGGAUGUUCACUAAUCACUGAGUAUGAAGCUUUUAAUUUUUAAUUGUAAUUUCAACUUUUAUUGGCUGCUAACUACAGUUACGGUUCAAAAUGGAAAACUUCGAUAUUUGAUCUAUAAGUAUUUCUCUGAAAAGUCGCUCAAACGGUUUUUAUUUCUUUUACACAGGCACACCAUUUACGUCGUGCAGAGAAAUUUACCUCAAAGACAAGUAAGUUAGUAUAUUAGGAAACUUGACAAGACGUUUCUAGGCUUAUUAAAAAAAUACCUAAAAAUGUCGGGAAAAUGCGAAAAGAUCCCCGUCCUUUUACUUUGGCGUUUGUGCUUGUACAAAAAAUGAAAAGAUUAAAUUUGUUCAGUUUAAAAUAUAAAAUAAUUUUGAAAGAGUGUUAACACGUAUGACUGAAGCCUAAAUUAAAAUAUCAAAAUCCAGGUAUUGUUUUUCGUAAAAAUAGGCUUCUACUAUUAAUUUUAGAACAAUUAAGUCCUUUUGGUAAAAGAAAAACAACAACAACAACAAAUAAAAUAAAGGAAGGGAAGUUUAAAGUUGAAAAUGCGAAUACGCGCCGUUACUCUCCAGAAAAUGUUCCUUUUUGGUAUAUGCAGAGAAAAAAAAUGAAGACGGCGUUCAUGUGUCUGUUGCGACGCAGUAAAACGGAAUUUUGAGCAUGUAGGUUUCUUUCGUUAAUUAAUUUCGGGAGAGGUCAGAUUCGUGUUUUAUUGAUUAACUUUUCUGCCACGAUAAGACCCUUAGGACUUUGGACUUACCAUGACUCAUCACUUCAUCAGGUCUAAAGGAAACAAAGCCUACUCUCUCCAAAUUGGCUCAGGAAAAAUCCUCGUGUACUGUCACAUGGAUAACCGUAGUAUCGGAGCAUGUGGGGGCGGAGGAUGGACAAUGGUUAUGAAAAUCGACGGACAGAAGGUAGUGCACGAUUAUGAUUAACAACAUUAUGUUUUACCAAGGUUGCAAGAAAAUAUGAUAAAAAAUGAUGGCGAUAAUGAUUUAGCACAUCCUGCAGCAUGGCCUGGUUGAACAAAUAUUUGCCGCUUUGAUAUCAUUUUACUCAGUGCAAAUAUAACAGAGUCGUGUUAAAUGUAGCCUGCGAACGGAGACGUAUUUUGGUCGACACUUCUAGAUCCACCCGAAAAGUUACUUCUGGUGUACAGAGAAGGGACGCUCGCGGAAAUACGUCUGCGUAUAAUUAGAACAGUCUAAGUUAAAUGCCUCGUUUCUUUUUAAUUCAUUUAUUUAUUCAUUCAUUUUUCGUAGUCAACCUUUCACUACAACUCAACAUUUUGGAACAACAAUUCCUCGUUCAAUCUUCCAGGAGGGGAGACGGGAUUUGACCACAAUGAGACCAAGCUGCCGACUUAUUGGAAUCUUCCCUUCUCCCAAAUCUGUCUCGUGAUGAAAAUGGACCAACAGAUCAGAUCCAUUGUCAUGAACAAGCACGCCAAUUCCUUGUACUCUGUUAUCGCAGACAAUGGCUACAGGAGCACGUCUCUGGGUCGUGAUAUGUGGAAGACGUUGAUUGGCCCGCAAGCUUCUCUUCAGUCCUUCUGUAACAAAGAAGGGUUCAAUGUGGUUAGUGUCAACCCUCUGCAGUCCAAAGCAAGAAUCGGUAUCAUUAGCAACCAGGAAAACGAAUGCAACACAUGCGACUCUAGAAUUGGAUUCGGUACUGGAGGUCUCCACGAUGACUCCAACUCGUGUGGCAAUGAAGCUACACGCUUGCCAGAUAAUGGUGAGAAGCAUAUUAAGACCAUGGGAUAUAUAUUGGUCAAAUAGAAGAGAACCAUGCCAGGCAUGCAUUGUAACAGAAAAGAAACUGACAGAUCUUAGGUAGUUUAAGAACAGUGAAAAGCCUCCUUUUUUUGUCCUGUUUGUUGAAGUAAAGAAAAAUAAAACUUGGUGACGGGAACUUGUGUCAUUUUUUAUGUACUUGCGUCGCUAUACAAAGGAAUAUAAUAACCCUUAAGCCACAGGGCUACCAAUAUGAUAACCAAAGGUGUGUCAGACGACCACUAUUUAGUACUUAGGAUGGGGCAGGAGGGAGGGUAUAAGGAGCCAUUCUGUACCCCCUAUACCGCAUUAGUAAAAUCCAGCUAGUGGUCUAUUAUCUAUGCUGCCCGCUGAUUGGUUGAGCUACUACUAGGCUUUAUGUUAUAGCCCACUAGUAGCGAAAAGCACGGGCUUUUUGGCGGCAAAAAAGGAUUAAAGUCUAUAGCUUUAACUAGCUAAAAAUUUUUUAUUCUCGAUAUUUUUGACCAACUAGUUGGAUUUUACAAAAAUAAUUAUUCCUCGAGCCGGAAUGGCCUCUGAGUCAAUAGCCCAUUCGACCUUCGGCCUCAUGGGCUAUUGACUCAGAGCCCAUUCCGGCCCGAGGAAUAAUUGUUAAAUAUUCUUUAAACCUACGUCUGGGUUGUUCUUCACUGCAUGUAAGCCUGAAUUUGGCAUUACGCUCUAUUUUUUUUUAUUUAAGGAUGUUGUUUCUCUCCCCCCCCCGACCCCAGGCUGAAUACUCUUAUUUUUCAGUUGAUUUAAGGCUUAAACGAUUAUUGUAUUAUUCUUAAAUUAAAGCUUAGGACAUUCACUGUCCAUAAGUAUUACACGUACCCUUCAGCGAACUGUUAUUAGUAUUUAACAUUUCGAUCUAGUUAGUGCUGUGUUUUUUCGUCUUGUUGGCUAGUUUUGCCUUUUAGAGAAAGGAAUAAUUUUAUCAGUUAAGUUAAAAACAUAAAUUAAUUGUAUCUUACUAACCGGAUUUUCAACACAAAAAAUUAUAUCCUUUUCAAAAUCUCAGCCUUGGGCUUAAUCUUAAGUUACUCUUAAAAUUUUGCAAAUUUCGGCCUCAUUAUUCUUAUAAAAUGUAUUCUUAUAGAAAAAAAAAGAGUGUAUGUCUUAUUCUUUGCAUGAAGUGCACUUACCGUGUACGGACAUUCGCAAGAAGCUGAUGUUGCAUGUGUAAAUCGUGCAAAAGAACCAAAAAACAAACGAUUUUGCAAAAGUCGAAUUUAUAUGAAGCACUUCUAUGGUGGCCUAGGAGUGCCAUAAGAAAAUUGUGUGGUAUCUUGUAAGUUCCCCGUAAUUUAUUAUGUUAUUUCAUUUUAUUUUUAAACUUUAAACGAAAAAAAAUCAUUAUCGAGAUACUUUAAAUCAAAUUUAAACGAAAAAAAUAGAAAGUGAAGUAAAAUAAUUUUAAGCAAAAGUAAAAUGAAACGAAAAUAAUAUUUCCUUGGCCUAGCAGUGCCAUAAGGUUUUGCUAAAAAAAAAAAAAUGUUGUUCAUGGCCUAUCGAUGCCAGAGCCCACAAUGCACUUGGGUAUUGACGUUUCCCACAGAAGAUGGCGGCAAAUCAAAUCAGGAAUGCUGACUGGAUGCAAGAUCAAACGCAAACGCUUCUUUGUAUUUCUUUAAUACAUAAUCUCCUUUAGGAAGGCCUGAUAGAGCCUUGGCCAUAUAUGCCUCUCUAAAUGCACCUUCUGAAAACGACUUACGAUGCAGCGAAAGUGUGACCGGAAAAGGAUCUAACCACUUCAAUUCAUUGACGGCAAAUUCUUCUAGAUGAAGCGUGACAACAUUUGUUUCUGGUUCUAUAAGCUGGCCCACUUUCAACAUUUGACUAAGAGAGACAGAACGCGGUAUUACAGACGAUUUUGUGACAGCUGUCGCCGCACUAUCGCACUUUCGUGGGCUAACUAGCUCACUUUUAUGUAAUGGCCGGACGAAGACUGGCUCCUCGGCUUUUUGCGACUUUUCAUAUUCCAGAAAUCUGAUAUGAAUGACCUUCGACCAGUCUUUGAUCUGACUUUCAUGCAUGUAAGAGGGCCCGCGUUCGCCCGCGAGAACAUCACAUUCGCAAUUUGUUCCAAAAUGCGACUUACAGGCAUCUUUGAUAUUCUUGAAAGUUGGUUCUUUGUCGAACGGCACGAGGGUUAAAGGGCCAAUGCGGUUGUACUUUUGGCACUUGCCUUGAACGUUUGCCGAUAGUCUUUGCAUAGUCAAGAAGCCUUCAGAUGCACUGGGGCUAGCUUUAUCGCUCUUUGCACCUACCCGUCUCUUUCGUUGGCGCCCCCUGUAGUCGUCCCAUUGCUUACGUUUACCCGACAUGAUUGAAACAGAGAAAUCAUGCAAACAUCGCUUAGGAGCCACGCAAAAGAUCAGCGAAGUGCAUUGUGGGCUCUGGCAUCGAUAGGCCAUGAACAACAUUUUUUUUUUUUAGCAAAACCUUAUGGCACUGCUAGGCCAAGGAAAUAUUAUUUUCGUUUCAUUUUACUUUUGCUUAAAAAUUAUUUUACUUUACUUUCUAUUUUUUUCGUUUAAAUUUGAUUUAAAGUAUCUCGAUAAUAAUUUUUUCGUUUAAAGUUUAAAAAUAAAAUGAAAUAACAUAAUAAAUUACGGGGAACUUACAAGAUACUACACAAUUUUCUUAUGGCACUCCCAGGCCACCAUACACCACCCAAACAGGAAUUUGAAGCCUAGUAUUACGGUAUUUUCAGCUUUGGCCAAUAUGUAGAAAAAAGCCCACACUGUUAUAUAACAAUGGGUUUUUCUGCCUUACAAAUGGUUAGUCGCCCAAGACCUAUACUAACAAAUUAUUUGAAAUGUUAAUUAAUGACGACCUUCAAGUCCCAAAUGCCAAAAGGUGUAGGUGGUAAACAACCCUUGUUCUUGCUACAUAGACACGUGCAGUAAGAAAAUCCAAUCAGAAAUAAUUAUUCAAAUCGCGAAACGUUGCUCCGCGCUACAUUCAAAACUUAAUAGAUUCAGUUGCGAAGGCUGACGAAGGUUGCUCCCGAAAGAGAAACAAGACGCUAUAAUUCACAGAAAGCUGGCUACAAACUCCUCUUUCUCAGCCUCACUACAAGAAAGCUUACUAUGAAAGCAGUCUUGGAUGUCAAAACCAGCGCCUGAGGUAAAAAUUCUUGUUAAAGUUUCCUUCAAUUCGGUAGAAAUUUGUCGUUCUGGCCAGUCCAACUUAAAAUGAAGUUAUUUCAUUGUCGAAUAUUCUUGUUUUAAAUUAAGCUAAUUUGUUGUCAGAAGGAACGUAAGGAGUGGAAAUGAAAGUAAAUGCUAAAGCAAGUUUUCUGAAGUACUUGGAAAUCCCUGCCGUAAAGUUCGUACACGUGCAUGUGGCAGUCACUAAAUUACAAACGAAGCUCAGUGAAAACAUCAUUGACCACAAAGAAAACUAAAAAAUCAUGUCUUGCUUUUCUUCCAAAUUCAUAUUGGUGAUCCAUUCAAAUAUGACAAAUUUAACCAUUUCUCGCUUUCCCCGGUUCCCAGCAGCAAGAUUUUGACGGAGUUGACCUCGCAAAAUGAGGCCAUCAUACUUUUAAAUGAGGUGGAUCUAGGCUAUUACCGAAAGCCUUGAUUUUUUUGCUAGAUGUUUUUGUGAUUUUGAACUUAUUUAAACAAAAACUUAUGUUAAACAGAAUAGAGAAAAGUAAGAUUUCCUUACAGCCCCAUACAUUUAUUAUGCACUCUUCGUGAGAUGGAAGUUGCCGCAUGCACAAUGAAUGUGUGGAGUUGUACGGAAAUCUUACCAAUAAGAAAUGGUGUUUGAAUUCUCCUUCUUUUUUAAUACACGAAACCUAUCCUUAAAAAUGGUUAUAAACAGUUAUAACUAAUAAUUAGACUACACUCUUUUUUUUUUUUAUAAGAAUGUUGUUUUCCAGGGCCAGGCUGAAUAUUCUUAUUUUUCCGCCGAUUUUAGGCUGUAUAUAUUCUUGUAUUAUUCUUAAUAAUAGCUUAUAAAGCUUUAUGACAUUUCCGAAUUAAAAUAUAUUAAGGUAUCAAUUAUAGUUUUGUUAAAUAUAGUUAGCUAGUUUUGCCGUUUAAAGAAAGGAAUAAAUUGAAAAGGUAUAUUUGUAUUGUAUUUACAGAUUUUCACCACACGAAAUUAUAUCCUUUUCAAAAUCUCAGCCUGGAGUUUAUUCUGAAAGUAUUCUUAAGAUUUCGCAAAUUUCAGCCUCAAUAUUCUUAUAAAAUAUAUUCUUAUAGCAAAAAAAAGGGUGAUUUUAUAUUAAUGAUUUGAUUUUUAGAUUAAUGUUGAGUGCAAGAAUGAAUUAAUUGCGAUAUAGUUGUGAUCAGUUUUCGCAUUUUUCAUAUGGUUUCCAUUAUUUUUGGCCAGAUUGCUGCUAAACUGUUCAGCAAAAAACAAACAAAACAAUUUCAAUAUGGCAGCCGUCUGCAGCCAAACCUUGAUAUCACACCUCACAUGGCGAUAACAGCGCGCGUCACGCGCGAACUCUCGCGUGAGUAGAUUGCGACAGAGCCUGGAUUGUAACAUGAUGCUGGGCAUUGCAAUUCAUGAUACGUGCUACAAAUAAUGGAAAAUAUUCGGCGCGGAAAGAUCGUCAGCACAGCUGGCCCUGGAUCAGUAUGUUUGGAUCAUUGUAACCUUUUUUUCGGGUUAGAGAACUUAAUUUUCGAAGUUGCAAAUGCGGGGAACGUGAAAUUUUAAGAAUUCCUUUUUUCCUCCAGUUCUCUUUACGUAGUUCUCUAGCGCGCUCAUUUGAGCCAUUUCACUACCUAUACCUCAUCUUUUUAUCUUUCCAAUUUUCAGCCCUUAAACCAGACCAUCCUUCUCAGGCAGACCUUCAGAUUAGACCACGGACCAGACCACCACUGUACACCAGUGUGUAAGAUCCGCCCCACAUCAGACCACCACAACAGAUCUGAUGGGCCCCAGAUCAGAUCACCAAAUCCGAGCACCAUUCCAGACCAUCAGACCCGACCGUUCACCAAGUCAGACUAUCAGAGUAGACUGCCACCGCCACACCAGCCUACCAAAUUAGAUCAGCCAUCUAGACUAUCAUCUUUGACUACUCAGCUUCAAAUCAGCACAGCACACCCAGCCUCCUGAAGUAGUACAGGUCAGGUGCAUUCCUUGUGGGUUGGGACAAGGGGGCUAUAUAGAACUCUGGAUGAACCUUGCAAAGCAUACUAUCCACACACUUUCGGUCUAAAGCAUCCGGGCGGUUUAUUCGGCUUAACUUAACUGUAGUUAGAUUAGCUCGUGGGCUCCCGGGGCUGGUAAGGGCCUCCCCUGCCCUUUUUCAUAAGUUGGGUUCCUUUGCAGGUGUUCGGUCAGCGACAAUAGUUCGGCUUUUAGGAUUCGGUUUGGCAUUUAGGAAUCGCUUCGGCUCCGUCUUUCUGCGCCUUUUUCACGUGGACUUCGCCCGCCACUUGCUGUCGUCGUCAUCGUCUUCACUGCAGUCUCCCGCUUAGUUGCGCCAAAUUCAUUUUAUCUAUAACACUUCACUUGACAGUCUAUGCGCUGGGCAAGUGAAGCUUUCAAUCGUAAGGUUCAACCAGAUAUUGUUCAUUUAAAGACAUAACUUAGUAAACCAUAGACUUUAGCUCAUUCAGCUACAGUGAGAGUACCUUAUUUGGUCACCACUUACAAGCUCAAUGGUCUUUCUGGUUGCAGGUAGAUAGUUAGUUUAGUCUCGCAUAUUCGAAGUCUGCUCCUACCCAGUCCAAUUUGACUUUUCAUGUUAAACAGUACGAAUGUGAAUCAAAAAUGUUUAAUGUGCUUUGAUUUUCAGACUUCGAACUUGUGAGGGUAGAUCAGUUGACAGGUAUAGUCUUACAAAGAAGGUAAUUUGCGACCAGGCGUUUCUUCCCGCGAAGAGUUAACGCUUCGUUGCAGGUUACCAGGGUAACAUGGGACAAUCCACACACUAUAGGCUAGACCGUUUACAAAUCGUAAGCGUAGGAAGUCUUCGAGACCAAUCUACGACGCAGUUUCAUCGUUGGAGAAGCCCGCACAAGCCGAUAGGCUUUUAGUAACGUUAGUAGCCUGCGAAGUAAUUACGAGAAUGCUACUGGACCGAAUAUUUCGGGACACACGUGUGGAGGCCCACCAUACCACCAUAUGCGUGCCCCUGAAUGGCAUUCAGGUGAAAACCUCGCAGGUUAUAGAUAGUUUUUUCUGAGGAAACAGGAAAAUAGGAGAGGAUACUCUGGCUUGGCAUCGUUGACACUAAGACGAUAUGGUUUGUCUUCUUGUUAAUUUUGCUCUGCUGGAGGAUUUUCUUCUUAGGAAGCCCUGCAUUGCACUACGCAGGCACAGACCGUCUACAAAUGGUAGGCGUACGUAGUCUUCACGUCAACCCUUCGUGGCUUUCUAUUCCUCGUGAUCUGAGAGUGGCCUUCAGUGUUCUACUCCCAAAGCUCUUGCAGUUGAAGGACGUCAUGAUUGGGACUGAAUCCUAAAGCAGCACACUGUUUGUUUAACUUACUUCUGAGUCUUGUAACAAGAAAUACUUGCUUUUGGAAAUGUGAAUAAAAUAUAUCUUAUCACAUUGUAUGGUAUUUUAUUGUAAUGUAUUGUAUCGUGGGUCCUUGGCUACAUCAAAGGAAGAGGCCGGCCGAAGAAAGAAGCACAAAGAUUUUCCACAAGAAUAGAAAGAUAGUUCAGUUAAUUAAGUAGCCAAAAUAGCUGCCUUUGCAGGACCAAGCCAGACAAUGAUGAUGAUGAUGUCCACGAUGAUGACGAGCAUGAUGAUGAUGAUGAUGAUCGUUUACACUACGACUUAAUUCUGCUUCUACUAAAGUUAUUUUCGUUGCCGUCGGAUUAG